CGGAAAUACAAGUACAUUACAUGUAGCUGCACGCGCCGUGGACUCACUUCGAUGGAUCUGCUGCUGAGACACUAAGUUGGGAGCUCAUUCGAGGGAACUUUAAAGAGUCUCACUCGGCUAUGCAUUUCCAGGAGUGGUUACGGUCACUCCGUUCCAGUGCAGGACUCAAAGCAUCCGAAUCGGAGGAUUUCUGGAGAAUUCUGCCAUCCUUUCCUCUGUCUUCCUUCUCUCUGUCCUCCUUCUCUCUGUCGUCGUCCUCUCUGCUGGGUUUAGGAGCCCUCGCCUCCCUCACUGCGUACUGGCUGGUGACCCGUCCUCGACCCAUGCGUCCUCCUUGUGAUCUACAGUCCCAGUCUGUAGCUGUGGAUGGAGAUCCCAGCUGCAGGAGGUCGUCUCUUCUCAAAGACGACUCCUUGAUGGAGUUCUACUACGAUGACACCAGGACUGUGUACGACAUGUUCCAGAGAGGCCUGACGAUUGCAGGAAACAGCCCGUGUCUUGGCUUCAGGAAGCCAGGCCAGCCCUACCAGUGGAUCUCCUACACUGAGGUGGCUGAGCAGGCUCAGGUGCUGGGCUCGGGGCUGCUGGCUAAAGGCUGCCAGCCAAAUCCACAGCAGUUCGUUGGGAUAUUUGCACAGAACAGACCGGAGUGGAUCAUCUCAGAGCUGGCCUGCUACACCUACUCCAUGGCAGUGGUGCCACUGUACGACACACUGGGGCUGGAGGCAAUGGUUCACAUCCUCGACCUUGCCGAGAUCUCUCUGGUGAUGUGUGACCGUGAGGAGAAGGCGGCAGCUUUGCUGGAGAACAAGGAGAAAGGCAUGACCCCGAAGCUGGCCUGCCUGGUCCUCUUUAACGACUUCAGCCAAGCCUUCGUGGAGAGGGCGAGGAGCUGCCAGGUGGAGGUUCUGAAACUGGAGCAGCUCAUGGACCUGGGAAGGCAGAACCUCAAAGAUCCUGUGCCGCCCCAGCCUCAGGAUCUGGCCGUGGUCUGCUUCACCAGUGGAACCACAGGGAAGCCCAAGGGAGCCAUGAUCACCCACGGCAACAUCGCCUCCAACACAUCCUCUGUCAUUAAGAUCUUGGAGGGUUCGUUUGUGAUCCGACAGGAGGAUGUGUCGAUCUCUUACCUGCCGCUCGCCCACAUGUUUGAGAGGAUGAUUCAGGUCUCCAUGUUCUGUCACGGGGCCCGAGUCGGCUUCUACCAAGGGGACAUUUCUCUUCUCAUGGACGACAUCAAAACUCUCAAACCCACGUUCUUUCCCGUCGUGCCGCGUUUACUCAACCGCAUCUAUGACAAGAUCCUGGGUUCUGUGACCUCUCCGUUGCGACGCGCUUUGCUUCACUACGCCGUGAGGAGAAAGCAGGCGGAGCUCAGCAGCGGGGUUGUACGUAACAACAGCCUGUGGGACAAACUGGUCUUCAACAGGAUCCAGGCGAGUUUAGGAGGUAAUCUGCGGUUUGCCCUGACUGCUUCGGCACCCAUCUCCCCCGCUGUGCUGUCCUUCCUCAGAGCCACUCUGGGCUGUCUCAUAUUUGAAGGUUACGGCCAGACGGAGUGCACCGCAGGCUGCACGUUCUCUAUGCCCGGGGACUGGAGCACGGGUCACGUCGGCGCUCCCUUACCCUGCGCCAUGGUGAAGCUGGUAGACAUCCCCGACAUGAACUACUAUGCCAAGAACGGAGAGGGAGAGAUUUGUAUCCGUGGGCCCAGUGUGUUCAGAGGCUACUUGAGGGACCCCGAAAGGACGGCGGAGGCCUUGGACGGCGAUGGCUGGCUGCACAGCGGUGACGUGGGCCAGUGGCUUCCAAAUGGGACACUACGGAUCAUUGACAGAAAAAAGCACAUCUUCAAACUGUCCCAGGGAGAGUACAUCGCUCCCGAGAAGAUAGAGAACGUCUACAUGCGCUGUGUUCCCGUACUCCAGGUGUUUGUGCAUGGAGACAGUUUACAGUCUUACCUCAUAGGCAUAGUUGUGCCUGACCUCGAGGUGUUCGUCGACUGGGCUAAAGAUCAGGGAUUUGUGGGAUCCCACGAGGAGCUGUGCCAAAAUCCUGAUGUAAUAAAGGCAGUGUUAGAGGACAUGAAAGCUGUGGGGAAGGAAGCUGGCCUCAAGUCCUUUGAACAAGUGAAGGACCUUUACUUGCACCCGGAGACGUUCAGCAUCGCCAACGGCCUUCUCACGCCCACCCUGAAAAGCCGGCGCGCCGACAUCCGCAAAGCCUUUCAGGAACAGAUAUCAAACAUGUACAACAAGACGGCAAUUUAACCCCACUUAGCUGAUCUCACACACACACACACACACACAGGAGGGCCGUUGACUCCAAUAAAUGGAGAGAAAAAGGGACCUUGGAGAAGAGAACGAAAGUCGUCAGCUCCCUGCGGUGCCUCGUCUAAAUCCUACAAUCGGACAUAUUUUGUGUAAAAGGUAUUUAAACUGUCAUCCACCGACUCUUACACAUGCAUGUACCGUCUUAACUCCUCACAUGAAAUGGGUUUUUACUGUUGUUCUCGAUAAUUCAACGCUGAUUCACCAGGAGAUUUUACAGGAACAUAAAUUAUUGUGUAGAAUCAGAAGUCAUCGAAAUCCUAUUAAUGCUGCAAGACUUUUUAAAGGGACACUGUUCUGUGCACGUAGGGCAUUAUUUUUCACAGAAGCUGCAUUAACUGUAGGUUUGUGUGUUGUGGUCACUGGGUUCACAUGUCACCGUGACAUAAGCUUUCGCUGUGGAUCUCCGCUCGAUGGUCGCACAUUUUUAAAAGAAGAGUUUCAUUCACCACUUUUUAAGCUUGAAAGGCUGAACUGUAAAUACUGCUCAUAUUGAUACUUGUCAAUAGGACACCACUAAUUCCACUGAAAUAAAGAGAUGUAAUGGAAAACUCGCCCACAUUUCUGCUCCUGUUUGAGCAAAUGCUCAACUUCUGCACUCACCCUGCGAAAUACACAAUACACACCCGAACGUCAACACAAAGGCAACAACAUACAGUCAUUAGGAGCAACUAAGGAGUAGCUUUUCUCACAGUUCAUUUAAUUUAUGAUUAAUUAGCUGCUUAACAAGAUGACAGCGAAAACAUUAACAGAUUGUGGUAUUAAUACAUCUAGAAAAAAAAAACUAAAUAAAACCCACUCUAAAUUAUUCGGGUUAAAAAAA